CGACCAUGCCGCCCUUUGUUGCUCUUCUCGACGCGGAACGCGACGACGAGCUUUUCUCUGUCGUCUCGCGUGUUGCUCCUAUCAUUAUCGACCCGUCGCAGCAGCUCAUUCCCGACGCAACCUCAUACGUUCAGUUUGAUCAAACCGCUACCGCAGAUGAUAUCAUCCGCUACCUUGACGAGGGGGCACACAAGGCCAUCGUCCCUUUGCAGGCGGCCAAGAACUUGAUCGGCGUUGUUCCUCCCGAACGCUUAAUCCUCCUGCUUGAUGUUUCCAAUGCCGGCGCCGUCCCCGAUUCGCUCAGCACAGCAGUCUCAGGCGUCCUCUUGAAGACGCCUUCCUCGGAUGUAGAUCUCAUUACCUCGGUCUCCAGAUUCUUUGUCGGUCUGUCUAUCCACGUCCUGUCCGACGACCAGCCUACACCAUCCUCUAUCACUCAAUUAGCUGCCAUUGGUGCUUCGCUCGUCAUUCCAUUCUCCCAUCUUACCCUUGCACCCACAUCCGACCAACAAGUCAACGUCGCCGAUGCAUUCAUCGCCCCCCUCCAAUCGGAUCGCCCAGAUGGUUUGUUCCCGACCGUUGUCUCCUCAUACAACGAGGGCGGCCGCUCCCUCGGCCUUGUAUACUCCUCUCGAGAAUCCGUAGCACAAGCCAUCCUUACAGGACAAGGAGUGUAUCACUCUCGGAAGCACGGCCUAUGGAGGAAGGGGGAGACCUCGGGUGCCACUCAGGAUGUCGUUUACAUCCGGGUAGACUGUGACAGUGACGCUUUGGAAUUCAGCGUCAUCCAGCAUGGCGCCGGGUUCUGUCACCUCAAUCGCGCUUCGUGUUUUGGCGAGGUAGACGGGCUCUCCGCGUUGGAACGUACCUUGAAAGCACGGCAACAAAAUGCUCCAGAAGGGUCUUAUACGCGCAGGCUCUUCGACGACCCUGCGCUCCUUAGAGCCAAGAUCAAGGAAGAAGCAGAUGAGCUAUGUGACGCUCAGAAUCAGGAAGAUGUGGCAUUCGAGGCUGCCGACUUGAUAUACUUCGCAUUGACACGCUGCAUUGCGGCUGGAGUAAGCAUUCGGGACAUCGAAGACUCGCUGAACUUCAAAGCAAAGAAAAUCUCGCGGAGACCUGGUAACGCCAAAGCACCGUAUCUGCCUUCGUCAGGCUCGUCUCAAAAACCUGCUCUUCCGACGCAAACACCGCAAAAGCCAGACCCCGAUGCACCCAUCCGCAUGCGCACGGUGGAUUUAUCCGAUCCUAAGCUUACUCCCGAGGAGCGAGCAGCAUACUUGAAGCGGCCCGUGCUCAAAUCAGACGAGAUGAUCGCCAAAGUGAAGCCCAUCGUGGAGAAUGUGCGAACGCGCGGAGACGCCGCGCUUCUAGAGCUCACCGCCAAGUUCGACAAGGCGCAGCUGGACACGCCUCUCCUCCUCCCACCGUUUGAGUCCCCUUCUCUCUCGCAGGAGGUGCGCGAGGCCAUCGACAUCGCGUACAGCAACAUCAAAAAGUUCCAUGCAGCGCAGGUGGACGGAGCCACGCUCGAAGUCGAGACGAUGCCGGGCGUGGUGUGUUCGCGCUUUGCGCGUCCGAUUUCCCGAGUAGGCCUCUACGUUCCGGGGGGCACAGCCGUCCUCCCGUCCACGGCGCUGAUGCUCGGCGUGCCAGCCCAAGUCGCGGGCUGCGAACAGAUUGUGCUCGCGACGCCUCCCCGCCCGGACGGGAGCAUUUCUCCGGAGGUGUUGUAUGUUGCCAAUCUGGUUGGCGCGCAUGCUAUCCUUCGUGCGGGUGGUGCACAGGCCGUGGCAGCUUUGGCGUAUGGUACUGAGACCGUUCCCAAGGUGGACAAGGUGUUUGGCCCCGGGAACCAGUGGGUCACCGCUGCGAAGAUGCUUGUUCAGAACGACACUGAUGCGCUUGUGUCCAUCGACAUGCCCGCUGGUCCCUCGGAGGUUUUGGUUAUCGCAGACGAGACUUGCAAUCCUGCAUUCGUCGCAGCUGAUCUCCUCUCUCAAGCAGAGCAUGGCGUUGACUCCCAAGUCGUCCUCGUCAGCUCUUCUUUACCUGACAAGAUGCUGGUGGAGAUAGAAGCAGAGGUCGACAAGCAGGCGCGCGCACUUCCGCGCGUCGACAUUAUGAGAGAGAGCAUAAGGCGCAGUCUAGUCGUGAAGGCGCCCAGCGUCGAAGAGUCGUUCAAAUUCUCGAACGACUACGCACCAGAGCACUUGAUCUUGCACCUUCGCGGCGCUCAGGGGUGGGUCAAGCACGUCAAGAAUGCAGGAAGCGUUUUCGUUGGGCCAUACUCGCCAGAGAGCUGCGGCGAUUAUGCAUCUGGCACGAAUCACACACUCCCAACAAAUGGCUAUGCACGCCAAUUCAGCGGUGUCAACACGCAGUCAUUCCAAAAACAUAUCACAUCACAGCAUGUGACUGCAGAAGGUCUACAAAAGCUUGGACCUGUCGUGGCUACUCUUGCGGACUGCGAGGGUCUUGGGGCUCACGCGAAUGCUGUCCGCAUCCGCUUAGGUUCAAGCAUAUGAGAAAUCUAGUUCUCAUACACAAAAAUAAGUAGAAUACCAAGGCGCAUAAUGACUGAAUGCCAGGUGUGAGACCGUAAUCGACCUUCAACGCUUAUCACUGUAUGUUGGUCGUAGCCUGCGCUCAGGAGGGUCAAGCAGUAUGAAUAUGUCUAUUGCCGAUGUAAACUAGUGGCCACCAUAGAGAAUAAUACGUGUAGAAGGUAAACAUCCAUGAAAAACGAAAGCAGCAGACUAGUUGGUCCGGUAGAGAGCGCGCUUGGCGACCUUGACAAUGAGGGGGGUGUCGGGGAAUGCGAGGGCUUCGAGGUUGGCAGCGUAAGGCGUAGGAACAUCAGCGCCAGUGACACGCUCAACAGGCGCGUCAAGGUAGUCGAAUGCCUCACUCUCAACUAUCUGGGCGCAGAUCUCGCUACCGACACCAAAGGCAGGGAAGCCACCUUCGACGAUAAGUAGCCGGUUGGUCUUCUUGACCGACUUCUUGAUCGUGUCGAUAUCAAGGGGACGAAUGCUACGCAGGUUGAUGACUUCAGCCUUGAUCCCCUCCUUAGCAAGGGCAUCGGCGGCUUCAAGACUGUGGGUGACCAUCUUGCUGUGGGCGACAAUGGUGACAUCGCUGCCUUCCCGUUCAACCUUGGCCUUGCCAAUGGGGAGGACAAAGCUGUCCGACAUAACCUCGGAGGAGACGGGGAAAGAAACGCCGUACAACAUCUCGUUCUCAAGGAACACAACGGGAUUGGGGUCCCGGAUAGCAGCCUUCAAAAGACCCUUGCAGUCUUCUGCGCUCCAUGGACUGACAACCUUGAGACCGGGCACAGAACCGUACCAGGCAGCGUAGUCUUGCGAGUGCUGAGCACCAACACCAGAAGCAGCACCGUUAGGGCCGCGGAAGACAACGGGGCAUGGCACGUUGCCGCCAGACAUGUAGUACGUCUUCCCGGCCGAGUUGACAAUCUGGUCGAUAGCUUGCAUGGCGAAGUUGAAAGUCAUGAACUCGCAAAUGGGACGGAGACCAGACAAGGCUGCACCGGUGGCAAGACCAGCAAAACCCAUCUCAGUGAUAGGCGUGUCAAUCACCCGCUUUUCACCAAACUUGUCCAGAAGGCCCUUGGUGACCUUGUAUGCGCCGUUAUAACGUGCAACCUCUUCGCCCAUGACGAAAACGGUUUCGUCCCGAAUCAUCUCUUCCUCCAUAGCAGCAUUGAGGGCCUCACGAACUGUCAUCGAGUGUUCGGACUGGGUAGCAUAUGAGCGGCGGAGAGAGUGACGGAAGGCAAGAGAAGGGUGGGUGGCGCGAGCUGCGCGAGCAUUGGCAACGGCGGGGGCGAGGCGGGAGAAAGCGCGGGCAGCCAUCUGGCGUUUUGGG